ACCCCCACUAUUUCUUCAGCAGCAACAGUUAGUCGCUCGUUGAUAAACCGUCUCAGAUACUGAACUGAAGACAUUGUUGAUUUGUUACAACUGAAAUAUUUAUCUGAAAUACAACAGAACAAUUGUUUCCAAUUGACUCUUCAUCCAAAUCUAAGGGGCCUUUUUUUCUUACUUCCGCCGGGUGUCACACUGUGAAGUUCCGGCAGUGAAAGUAGGCUCGUUCGAGUCACUUGUUUAUCACCACCUUCGGCCUCAUGAUAAACGAGACAUUUGGAAACAUUUUUAGUGCAAGGUCAUAUUUCCUGCGGGAUUUUUGGAGCUGUGCUGACGUUUCUCAGGCGAUGAUUAUUACCUGAUGGGAACAAUCAGGAAUCUGGCUGCUAAUUUGACCGCACUUUGUCAGAGUUCACUUAGAAACCAUCACAAGACAAUAAUGUCGAGACGACUUCAUGCAUUCAGGACAGACGGGGUCGAUAAAAACGUUUGGGUUGAAUUCACUCAACUGGCAGCAGACUACAAACCAGUGAACCUUGGACAGGGAUUUCCUGACUUCUCCCCUCCCCGGUUUGUCCAGGAGGCUUUCUGUAAGGCAGUGAGUGGAGGACCUUCAAUGCACCAGUAUACCCGUGCUUUUGGUCACCCCCCUCUUGUAAAAGCUCUGGCUAAAUUCUUCAGUAGGAUUGUGGGACAUGCGAUUGAUCCUUUUGAAGACAUCUUGGUCACAGUUGGAGCCUAUCAAGCUCUCUUCUGUGCAUUUCAGGCACUGAUUGAUGAAGGCGAUGAGGUCAUAAUCAUUGAGCCGUUCUUUGAUUGCUACCAGCCGAUGGUGAAGAUGACUGGCGGAAAGGCAGUAUAUGUUCCCCUGAGGCCGAAAGUUGAAGGCAGUGCUGUCUUGUCAAGUGGAGACUGGGUUCUUUCUGCUGACGAGCUGGCCAGUAAAGUGACUCCACGCACAAAAGCCAUUGUUAUCAACACUCCUAAUAACCCACUAGGCAAGGUUUACAAGACUGAAGAGCUCCAAAUGAUUGCUGAUCUGUGCAUUAAACAUGAUGUGCUGUGCAUCAGUGACGAGGUGUACGAGUGGCUGACUUAUGACGGAGCCAAGCAUGUGAAGAUAGCCAGCCUUCCUGGCAUGUGGGAACGAACCAUCACUAUUGGCAGUGCUGGAAAAACCUUUAGUGCUACUGGGUGGAAGGUUGGCUGGGCGAUCAGCUCUGGCCAGAUCAUCAAACACAUGAAAACUAUCCAUCAGAACAGUGUUUACCACUGUGCAACACCCGCUCAGGAGGCAGUGGCUCAUGGGUUUGAGAGAGAAUACAAAGUGUUUGGGACUCCAGAGAGCUACUUCCAGCAGCUGCCUGCCAUGCUGCAAAAUAAGAGGAAGAAGUUGGCUGCGUGUCUGGAGAGCGUGGGUUUGCAGCCCAUCAUGCCAGAGGGAGGCUAUUUCAUGAUCACAGACAUCUCCUCUGUCAAGGUAGACUUCAAUGAUCUGAGCACUAAGGAUGAGCCCUAUGAUUUUAGAUUUGUCAAAUGGCUAAUUAAAGAGAAGGGUUUAGCAACAAUCCCCGUCUCUGCAUUCUACAGUCCAGAGCACAGCAAGGACUUUGACAAGUACAUCCGAUUCUGUUUUGUCAAGGAGGACUCCACCCUGGAUGCGGCAGAGGACAUCUUAAGAAAGUGGAGUCAGAGAGAGUAACAUUAACCAUGAUGCAGAGCAUUACCAGUCUGUCCAAAUUUCACCAGACCGCUUGGGGAGGCCUGCCUCCUCGGUUCAAAUGAUUCAUAUUGUUUUUCAAUGUGUGCUCUCAUAUGAGGGUACUGUAAGAUGAACAAAUGCAGCAUCCACUUUCAGUUUGUUUGAAACACUCAGGCUUUGUCAAAACAUUGUUGUGAAUGUGUCCGUGCAAUGACUUUAAUCUGAAAACUGUUAAAUACUUUUCAUUAUUAUAACAAUGUAUCAGUAAUUCUUAAAGAAAUAUUGAGUUGAUUUGUAUUUAAAUCAUGCACUAAGCAAAAAGUUUAAUAAAGUUUUUAA